AAAACGUCAGUUGCGAGCUAUCCGUGUGGGGGUUAUGUUGUUUCUUCUCAAGAAAUAAUAAUAAAUACCGACGUUUAUUGAACUUAUCACACAUUUUUUUCCGGAUUUCUUAUCUUAUCGCUAUCGUCCAAGUGUGAAUCGAUCAUGAACAAACUUAGCCUUGCCUUCUAAAUGCCGAUAUUGUGAUGUGCUACUUUGGUCAAUAAUUUUUGCAUUUCUUGUUUUCGUGGUUGUUAGUCACGCGUGUAAGUAAAUUAUAAAGUGAAAAUGCCUUCCGGGCAGAGGGAAACCAAUGUUUCCAUACCGCUGACACCUACAAGGUCGGAUCUGUAUUGGCGAAGAAUAUUCAACAAGUACGACAAAGACAACGAUGGCAAGAUAUCGUACGUGGAGCUCAAAGGGAUCAUAGAGUCCCGGGAGUACGACCACGACCUCCCCGACAAUGUGGUGGACAAGAUCAUGGGCCUCGCCGACCGGGACAAUUCGGGAUACCUGGACUUCCCGGAGUUUGUGGAGAUGAUGCACCACCCUGAUCUGAAGGCGGUCUUUGGACACUUCGUAGCUAGAUACGUGCACUCCAUCAUCCCUCACAGGAACCCGGUUGAUACUACAGGAAGGUGGCCUGGCUUCAACGCAGUUUCUACUAGUGACGGCGCAGUCCCUAGUACGCCCCGUAGCCAUACAAUCUUCACGUACACAGACGGUACGUACGAGGAGGAGUACAGUUGCUGGCCUCCUGCAAUCUGCAUGAUCAUCAUCUCGCUGGUGGAGAUAGUUCUGUUCGUGUACGAUGCGGUGCAUGGCAACACGGACGCGAACGGACCCAUUGCGAAGCUGUUUAUAUACAACCCGCAUCGAAGGAAUGAAGCCUGGAGAUUUCUGACGUACAUGCUGGUGCACGUUGGAGUGGUGCACCUCCUAGUCAAUCUACUCGUCCAGCUGUUCCUCGGAGUGCCUCUGGAGAUGGUCCACCGAUGGUGGAGAGUGGUCCUGGUUUACUUGGCCGGGGUGGCUGCCGGCUCCCUGGCGACCAGCCUGACAGACCCCAAGGUCUACCUGGCCGGAGCCUCGGGAGGCGUAUACGCGCUGAUUGCUGCGCAUAUAGCCACUAUCAUAAUGAACUGGGCAGAGAUGGAGUUCGCGAUUAUCCAGCUGCUCGUGUUCCUUCUGCUGGCGGCUGUGGACGUGGGCACGGCGGUGUACGACCGCUACUGGCGCCACGCGACGCAGAAUAUCGGCUAUGUGGCUCACUUGGCUGGCGCUGUCGCUGGCCUCUUAGUAGGAAUCGGAGUUCUCCGGAACCUCGAGAAGAGAAAAUGGGAAAAACGCCUCUGGUGGGCAGCAGUCGUCAUCUACUUCUCCCUGAUGAUCGCCGGCAUCCUGGCCAACAUAUUCUGGACUGAUCGGUUCCUAGCAACAACGCCUUAAGACGGAGCAGUAAGGUUCCUAUUCCUUUGGCAGGUCACACGGCCAAAUGCCAACACAUUCUUGACAGAUCGGUUCCCAGAAUUUUCACCUUAUGACCCAGCAAUAAGGUUAAUAUUCCUUUGGUAGGCUACAUGACCAAAUAGCCCCAAGACUGACAGGUUUUCCAACUUGUCUAGUUUCCAUAAGUGUUAUGCUUCUAUUAUAAUCGAUUGCAGCAUCGAUGGUUUUUAACAAAUCGUAAAAUUAUCGAUUCAUUUUGAUCUUUACUCACGAUGUGGGUGUGUUCUUAAAAAUGUGCCUUUAAGGUGUCUUAGUAAAAUUGUAAAAUCGUACGUAAUUUUGGAAUCUUAUGUGAAUAUUUUUAUAUUCAAUAGGGUAAGACUACCCUAGUGAUAGAAUGCUGUAUUUUUUUUAUAAAUAUAACUAAAUUAUGUUACUUUUUCCCCCCAGGCCAGAGUUACAACAUUUUUGAUAAUAAGCUAUUUAUCAUUUCAAACAUGACUUUAUCCUGUUUUUUCAUCGCACAAAAUGUAAAACAAAGCGAAGAACGCACACAUAAUAUUUGAAAACUUUUUCAAAAUGUAUGUAAAGGGUAUGAAAUAUUAUUUUUGUAAGCUUUUUGUAUUUAGCAGUAUUUUUGUAAUAUACCCCUUGAGUAUUAUGGCUGCCUCUACCGUCCUUACUAGUUUUAGUAUUUAUUGUAGAAAAAUGAGGGAUAUGAAGGACAUUUGAUUAGUUCAACAUAUUUUUGUAUAAAAAUUUUGACGCAAUUUUACACAUUUGACGUUUGGCUACAUAACUUCAUUCUGAUAACACAAUAAAUCUCUCUCACUUACUCUCAAAUGCUUGCCUGAAUGAGAGAGGGAUAGAUAUAUUUUGUAAUGUUAAAUUUUUCUACGUAUUCUUUUUCUAAAAUAACUUCAAUUCAUCUACCUCGAAUUUUUUACAAUGUUUUCGCGUUUCUUGCCGGUAUAUUCAAUACAUUAUGUGAAUAUAUUUCACUGAGCCAAUCAAUUUUAACAUUAUUAUUAAAUCAUGUCCACAUUUGGGCUAUCCUUUCACAAUUUGACUUAACCAUUAGUGGACAUACAGCCUAAUCCGUAACUUGUUGCCAUUGUAUUCUCUACCUUACGUAUAAGUGCGUAUAACUCGUAAUUGCAUGUUGUGACUUGUCACGUGCCUUAUUUUAAGUAUAUUUUAUACAAAUCUGUAUAUACGUUUGGAUGCAUUUACUCCUGUAAUGUGUGGACAUUUUGAUGUCUUAGUUUUACAAUCGUCUGCUUGUGCUACAAAAUAAUUCAUUUUGAUGUUUAUUAUUAAAUUACAGUCAGCAUGAAAAGUAACAUAUCCCAGGUUAAAUUGUUUUUGGACAAAUUUUUAAUAACUUCACAUGCAUUUAUAUGACUGUACCUUUCAGUAUUUUUGGUGUACACAGUUAUUAUUGUUGCUAAUAGUACCUACUUUAGUAUUUUAAUGAUAGCAAGGUUAAAUGUAUUUUGAUUCUCUCUUGACAAGCUAUAUGUUAAAUUGCGGGAGACAUGCCCACAUAACCAAGGUGACAUAAAUAAAUAAACAACCUGUGGGCUUUUAAGAAAAACAGCUUUAAAUCGUCAUAAUAAGUUCUUGUUACAAUAAAGCCUGUAAUUUGUGUUCAUUAUCAUUAAGUGAGCCUAUUGAAACGGUUCUGAAAUUGUUCGCUAUUUCUGAAAAUGAGAGGUCAGUACAUUUGUCUCCUUUUAGCAACCCUCCAUUUAGGCCAUAAGAGUCCUAUCCCUUUUCAUUUCUCGAGGAAGAAAAGAGAUAGAAUGACCUUUACCUACUAAAAGAUAUAGCGAACAUAACAGAAUCGGGUCGUAUGUUGUAUUUAUUGUAUAGUAAUGUUUAUUUCGGUGGUUUGCCUUGUUUUUAUGUGUAAGUGUUAGAUACAGCUCUUAGUUAAGGUUCCUCAGUUAUCAAACUAUGCACAAGAUUUUGUGAUAUGAAUUUUAAGGUAUGAGUUGAAUAAAAUGCCAUUUUAUUUUUAUA